CCUUAGCCCACUUGAUUCUAGCAUCUACCCUUUUGGGGGGGGGUACCCUGUUCGGCCGUAGCUCCUCCCCCUGGUGACGUGUCUCCUCUAGGUACGUCACAAGGUCCCUUCUCCCACUCCGAUAUAGAACCAACCGUAUGGGAACCGCAGGUGCCAGGCGGUGUUACAGUGGAAGUUGGCGAGAUGCUGGCUGCCGGUAUUGCAAUGCUAUAAGGGUAGAAGACAGCAUUACAUAUGUCUCAUAGACAGGCAAGCCAUUUGGAUUAGAGUAUGGCUCUUCGUGCUGGUCUGAAAUGUUUCAUGGGCUCUGGGCUCAUAUGGAGACGGCCAGGAUUCAGAACAUUGUGUGUGACAUCCAGAAGAGAUGCUGCAAAUUCCGCCAGAAGUCAUGAGGAUCGCAAGACCCAAGAUUUGAGUAGUUUUGCCAUCCGGUCACACACGUGUGGGGAGUUGUGUCUGGCUCAUGUGGGGCAGGAAGUGACGUUGUGCGGUUGGCUCCAGUAUCGGAGACAUGAUAAGUUUCUAGUGCUGCGAGAUUUUCAUGGGCUGACCCAGAUUAUCCUGCCUCCAGAUGAGCAUGUGUCCCAUCUGCAUGACCUGGUGAGUGAUGUCCCAUUAGAGUCCGUGCUGCUGGUGAAGGGGGCUGUCAUCCCUCGACCGUCCGGUCAAGAGAACCCUAAUAUGCCAACAGGAGCAAUUGAAAUUCAGGCAAAGCAAGUUCACAUACUUAACCCCUGCAAGAAGCUACCAUUUGAGAUUAAAGAAUCUGUAAAGAAAUCAGAAUCCCUGAGAAUGCAGUAUCGUUACCUGGAUAUCCGCAGUGCCCACCUCCAGUACAACCUCAGGCUGAGGUCUACAAUGGUAAUGAAGAUGCGGGAGUAUCUGUGUAAUCAGCAUGGGUUUGUUGAUGUUGAAACUCCUACUCUAUUCAAAAGAACUCCUGGGGGUGCCAAGGAAUUUGUGGUGCCAACCCAGGAGCAUGGCAAAUUUUACUCUUUACCUCAGAGCCCACAGCAAUUUAAGCAGCUGCUUAUGGUCGGUGGUAUGGACAGAUACUUCCAGGUAGCCCGUUGCUAUCGGGAUGAAGGCUCUAGACCAGACCGGCAGCCUGAAUUCACACAGGUUGAUAUUGAAAUGUCCUUUGUAGACCAGCUGGGGAUCCAGCGGCUGGUGGAAGGCCUGCUGCGUUACUCCUGGCCUGAAGAGAAAGGAUCGCUGCCUGAUCCAUUUCCGGUUAUGACCUAUGCGGAGGCAAUGAGCAGUUAUGGUGUUGACAAACCUGACACUCGCUUCCAGAUGAAGAUCACUGAUGUGACCUCACAGAUGAAGACUGUCCAGCUGCAGUUUGUUCAGGAAGCCCUUGGUAAAGCCCACGGGUGUGCGAAAGCUAUCCGAGUGACAGAAGGAGCCAAGUAUCUUACUGGUAAAGCACUGGAUGUAAUGCUGGAUAUGAUCUGGGACCAGUAUAAGCAGGAAGUAAUUGCGGUGGUUGUGAGACCAGACGGAUCCUGGAAGUCUCUCCUAAGAAACUAUCUCAGUGAGGACCAGCAGAAGGAUCUUGCAGGUGCUACUGGAGCAAAGGCUGAAGAUCUCCUCCUACUGGCAGCGGGGCAGCAUGACACGGCUUGCGCUGCUCUAGGAAAACUGCGUCUGGAAGUGGCCUCUCACCUUGAAGAAUGUGGGGUGUCUCUUCGUGAGCCCAAUGCUUUCCAUUUCCUGUGGGUAGUGGACUUUCCGCUCUUUCUGCCUAAAGAAGACAAAGCAGAAGAGCUGGAGUCUGCGCAUCACCCGUUCACCGCUCCUCACCCGGAAGACCUGGAGCUUCUACACACAGACCCAGCUAAGGUCCGUAGCCAGCACUAUGACCUGGUACUAAAUGGCAGUGAAGUAGGAGGUGGCUCCAUUCGUAUCCACAAUUCACAGCUUCAGCGCUGGAUCCUGGGAGACAUCCUAAAGGAAGAUGUAGGUCUCCUGUCACACCUACUAGAGGCUCUGGAUUUGGGAGCACCCCCACAUGGUGGAAUUGCUCUAGGAUUGGAUCGCCUCAUUGCCACUAUAGUUGGAGCCGCAAGUAUACGUGAUGUUAUUGCUUUUCCGAAAUCAUUCCGGGGUCACGACCUUAUGAGUAACGCGCCGGACUUUGUGUCUGCGGAGGAGCUGCAACCGUAUCACAUACAGGUCACACCUAACAAAUGAGACUGCUGCUAGCUGUACAGUAGGACAUUGCUGCUGUUCACUCCAUGUUACUCCCAGGAACUGGCCGGUUUACAAUGGUGAUCAGAUUAUCCACGUCAUAUGGAAAAGUGAAGUCAAUUCUCUGCAUCAUCCAAUAGGGAUUAGCUUUGUAUCACCCGGAACCUCUGUUAUAGCAGCCCUAUAGGAGGUGGCUCUCUUCAUGCCAGGAAAAGCCUGUUGUAUUAAAUUAACUUGGGGAGGCAGCGUAAGACGGUACAAACUACACGACAUAUCGGACAAUGAUCGGAACGAUAUAUCAUCCACAUCGCAUACAGUGUGUACAUGCGAUUGCACACUUCCCACCAUUGUCAGCAGGGUCGUCCCAUCUCAUGAGCUGCACAGCAGGUGGUCAGACCUGGCGAACAGCAUGAAGACAAAUGCAGGGUGUACAGCUGCCAUGAUAUAUUGGUGGAUCUGCCACGCUGUUGCUGGGCACACACAUCGUGUAAUGUGUACCUAGCCUAACACUCCAAAGCAAUGAUCUUGACAUGGUCCUCAUAGAACAGUGAUGGCUAACCUUGACACUCCAGCUGUUGUUGAACUACACAUCCCAGCAUGCCCUGCAUCAGUUUUAGAGCAUGGCCAAAUAACAAAACUGAUGCAGGGCAUGCUGUGAUGUGUAGUUCAACAACAGCUGGAGUGUCAAGGUUAGCCAUCACUGUCAUAGAAUAUAAGCCAUUUCUCACCAUUUCAGAGUUUGACCGACAAAACAUUUUGUAUAUUAGCCAGGUCUAGUGUCUUGUUCUACCCUUUACUCUACUGCAGUGGUUCUCAAACUCAGUCCUCAGAACCCCACACAGUUCAAGUUUUCCAGAUCACCCAGCAGGUGCACAGGUGUAUGCAUUACUCACUGAUGCAUUGUAAAAGAUCCACAGGUGGAGCUGAUUAUUUCACUUGCAAUUCUGUGAGGAAACCUGGAAACGUGAUCCGUUGGGGUCUUGAGGACAGAGUUUGAGAACCUGUGCUCUACUGCCACCGGGAUGCAGAAAGCAAUCAAAAUUGUGUAUAUAAAAGAUGUAUGAUCAAGCACUGUAUUAGGCGGCUUCUCCAAGCAGCUGUACUGGUUGAGGGAUAGUCACUCCCUCUCACAAAAGUGAAAACAAGCAAAGGGAAGAAGAUACAGCGCUACAACAUACUGUAUGUAAAAAGUCACAGAUGUGAUCCUGCCAACAUAGAGUGAACCUGUGCCAGAUUCAAAUCAUCCAACACCGGAAGGACACCUUGCUUUUCCAUUCACCUUCUGUGAACCAGGACCCCGCUGCCAUUGGUUGCUGUUGCCAUAUAAAACCACGCAAUUGGAUUCCGAUCAUUGGAACACAGAACUGGCAAAAAACCUCAAUUUGCUGCAAGCACUUAAGAUACAAAUUGGCUGCCACAAGUGCAGUUGGACUCACCAGGUGUCGUUUUGUAAUAAGGGUGUUGUCCGUUUUCGGGACUCUGUUGACUGGCAUAUAUAAUGGGUCGUUCAUUCUGAGACUGUUAUCUUGUUCACUGAUGAAUUUUAGAAUUGUGUUUUUUAAUUAUU